UCUGGGUGCUGGCACCCAGCCACUCUUCUGCCAAUGAAGUACAUUCUAGUUACUGGUGGGGUCAUCUCAGGCAUUGGGAAAGGGAUUAUUACUAGCAGCAUCGGGAUGAUUCUGAAGUCAUCUGGACUCCGAGUUACUGCCAUCAAAAUCGACCCGUAUCUCAACAUUGAUGCUGGCACUUUUUCACCUUUUGAACACGGUGAAGUGUUUGUCUUAAAUGAUGGUGGAGAAGUUGAUUUAGACCUGGGGAAUUAUGAAAGGUUCUUGGAUGUUAACCUUUGUAGGGACAACAACAUCACCACUGGGAAAAUAUAUCAUCAUGUGAUCAAUAAAGAGAGACGGGGUGAUUACCUGGGCAAAACAGUACAAGUGGUCCCUCACAUCACUGAUGCCAUCCAGGAGUGGGUGAUGAACCAAGCCAUGGUGCCUGUGGAUGAGAACAAGGAGGAGCCCCAGGUCUGCAUCAUUGAGCUGGGUGGCACCAUUGGAGACAUUGAAGGCAUGCCGUAUGUGGAAGCAUUCAGACAAUUCCAGUUUAAGGCCAAGAGAGAGAAUUUCUGUAAUAUCCACGUUAGCCUUGUCCCGCAGCCCAGCAAUAGUGGAGAACAAAAAACCAAACCCACACAAAACAGUGUUCGUGCAAUGCGAUGCCUUGGGCUCUCUCCAGACCUGAUUAUCUGCAGAAGUGCAACACCCAUAGAUAUGGCUGUGAAGGAAAAGAUUUCUAUGUUUUGUCAUGUGAAACCCGAACAGGUAAUAUGUAUCCAUGAUGUUUCUUCCGUAUACCGAGCACCUAUAAUUUUGGAUGAACAAGGCAUUGCUAACUAUUUGAAAGAGAGGUUGAACUUGCCUAUUGUUGAUUCUGCAAGUAAUUUGCUUUUCAAGUGGAGAAACCUGGCCGACAGGUAUGAAAACCUACAGAAGACAUGCUCCAUAGCUCUGGUCGGCAAAUACAGCACGCUCAGGGACUGCUAUGCCUCUGUGUUCAAGGCCCUGGAACACUCAGCCUUGGCCAUCAAUUACAAGUUGAAUCUGAUGUACAUAGACUCCAUUGACCUGGAGCAGACCACUGAAAAUGAGGACCCUAUGAAAUUCCAUGAAGCGUGGCAGAAGAUAUGCAAAGCCGAUGGUAUUCUUGUGCCAGGAGGCUUCGGAACCAGAGGAAUGAUGGGAAAACUGCAGGCAAUUUCUUGGGCAAGGACAAAGAAGAUUCCUUUUCUGGGAGUUUGCCUUGGGAUGCAGCUUGCUGUGAUUGAGUUUGCAAGAAAUUGCCUUAACUGGAAAGAUGCUGAUUCCACAGAAUUUGAUCCAAAUACCUCUGUUCCUCUGGUGAUUGAUAUGCCUGAACACAACCCUGGCAAUUUGGGAGGAUCAGUGAGGAUGGGAUUAAGAAGAACUGUUUUCAAAACGGAAAAUUCCAUGUUAAGAAAGCUUUAUGGUGAUGUCCCUUUUAUAGAAGAAAGACACAGACAUCGGUAUGAGGUGAACCCUAACCUGGCCAGCCAAUUUGAGCAGAGCGACUUACAUUUUGUAGCUCAGGAUGUUGAUGGGGAGAGAAUGGAAAUCAUGGAACUGGCAAAUCAUCCCUAUUUUGUUGGUGUCCAGUUCCAUCCUGAGUUUUCUUCUAGACCCAUGAGACCUUCCCCUCCAUACCUGGGACUAUUACUUGCAGCAACUGGGAAUCUGAAUGACUUUAUGCAACAAGGCUGUCAACUGUCAUCCAGUGAUAGAUACAGCGAUGCCAGUGAUGACAGCUUUUCAGAACCAAGGUUAGCUGAGUUGGAAAUACAAUGAAAUGGAUUCCUGUAAUAACAGGGACUGCCUGAGACG